AUGGGUUGUGCUUUCAUGGGGCGUAUCUGUCGUGAAGAAUCUGAUUUCUUCAUUGUACCCUCCCUCCUGGAACCUGAAUGUGGCAUUGAUAUUGAUGCUCAUACUGGUAAUGUUAGCGAUCUUGCUUUCUCUCACCCAAACAAACAACUAUGCGUUAUAACUUGUGGGGAGGACAAGACAAUUAAGGUUUGGGUUUAUUGGUUCAUCUUUUUGACGGGUAUUGAUGGGAAGAUUAAGGCAUGGUUGUAUGAUAAUUUGGGUUCAAGAGCUGAUUAUGAUGCCCCAGGACAUCCUUGCACAACAAUGGCUUACAGUGCUGAUGGGACAAGGUUGUUCUCAUGUGGGACUAGCAAGGAAGGAGAAUCAUACAUUGUAGAAUGGAAUGAAAGUGAAGGAGCUGUCAAGCGGACAUAUCAUGGUCUUGGGAAGCGGUCUGUUGGGGUUGUGCAAUUUGAUACAACAAAAGACAGAUUUUUGGCUGCUGGUGACAAGUUUGUAAUCAAAUUUUGGGACAUGGAUAAUGUUAACCUCUUGACAACUACUGAUGCAGAGGGUGGAUUACCGGUAAUAAUCAAAUUGCAUCUCUUUUAG